ACUCUCAUCUCAUCUCCUUUCUUCUUUUUUAUUGUUUUUCUUACUUUAUAGGCUGCAGCUAAUAUCAUAAGAUGAUUUCUGGUUUUUCCACUAUUGCUGCUGCAGUUGUCAUUCUAUUGUGCAUCACUGAUCAAUGCACAGCUCAAAAUACUAACUGCUCUGCUCUGGCCACUGAUGGUGACUGCAAUUUUUAUGAUUGCUUGAGUACUAAAUUCCGUUGCGAUGGCAAGGAUUAUCCUCUUCGCCGUGGUAAACCUGACUGUCAGAAAUACAUGAGCGAAUCAAGUUGCUUCACAAAAUCAGGUCAAGCAUGGCUUUCUAGGGUUCGUAGAUGCUUGAUGCAGGCUAUUGUUAGCAGUUCUCUCUAUAAUAAUGAAAGUGCUACUUGUGAUGAUUUGGCAAAAUUUGCAAUUGGAAGUCGUCCUAAAUGUUACAUCGAUAAUGGGUUCUGUACAAGUAUUUUUUUAUCACUUCAAUGUCAGAACCUUAAUUGUAUUCAAAAUAGAAUUUAUCCUGGUAGAAGAAGUUGGAGUAGACAGUCAAGAGCUCAGAUUAUAGAGACAACUGAGUCUUGCCCUUCCCAGAUUUCUACAUUCCUUACUGAUGCACCGCAGCAGUGCAAUUUGGAUAGUCCAGACAGUGCUCUUCCAGCCGUCAUACAUGAUCAUUUAGAUUGUACUGCAAGGGCUUUCGAUUUUAUGAUCUUAUUGGAUGCAUCUGGAAGUGUUGGGGCUGAUAACUUUGAGAUAAUGAAAAACUUUGUUGCAAACAUGCUGUCUAACUUUACCAUUGGACCAGAUGACACUCGUGUUGGAGUCAUUAGUUUUGCUAGUAGUCCAUCAAUUGUUAUCCCAUUGGGUUCCAUUAAUACUUAUUCACAAUUGGCUACUGCUAUUAGAGGUAUAUCAUACACUCAAGGAGGCACAAACACUGCUGGAGCAUUGGAUUUACUAAGCACAGCAUUUGCUACUGCUCGUGUUAGUGAAGGUAUCUCUCGUGUAGCUGCCGUUUUUACUGAUGGAAUGUCAAAUGAUGCUGCAGCAACAGUACAAUCUGCUCAAGCUGUCCAUAAUGACAAGAUUACUGUUUUCUCUUUUGGUAUUGGAACUGGUGUCAGUAAUGCAGAGUUAGUUGCCAUUGCUUCAGAUGGUCAACAAGGUGUUUUUACUAUCAGUGGUUUUUCAUCUAAUACUUUUCAGGCUGUAUUGACACAAUUACAACUAUCAACAUGUUUAACCCCUACAUCA